AUGGAUUCCACAGACCGCUUCCGUCAGCCUGGCCUCAAUAGCUACCCAUCAAUAGGCCAGCAGCAGUACAAUGGCAACAACAACCAGCUGCCCACCCUGCCGCCUCUACAGAGCGCCAGCCAGUACGCGCCCAUGUACAGCCACAAUAGCAACCCUCACACGCCCCAGCCGCCGCACACGCCUGUGACCUCGGCCGCCAAUGGCAGUUCUACCAUGCCUCCGCUGCAGCACCCGCCGCUGCGACCCCUCCAGCCCACGCCGAGUUCGUACAUGCCCAUGUCGUCGGCUUAUUCGCAGGCGCCUAUGCUGUCCACAGCAUCUGCGCAUACCAACGGCCACCAGCUCGGCGGCCCUCCUGGCAUGGGACUGGGACACACGUCCAUGUACGCCCACCCUCCCGUACUCCCCAACCAGGAGCCCGAACCCGUUCACGUCGUCGGUCAGCAAGGUCGUCGCGGAGUCUUGCCCACGCACCCCGGUAGGCCCGCACCCGCUGCAGGCAAGACUCCCACAACUGCCACCAAGAAUGCCGAGGGCAAAUACGAGUGUCCUCACUGCAACAAGACGUACCUGCACCUGAAGCAUCUCAAGCGUCAUCUGUUGCGCCACACCGGCGAGCGGCCCUACCAAUGCCAUCUCUGCAAGGACACUUUUAGCAGAAGCGACAUCCUGAAGCGUCACUUCCAAAAGUGCUCAAUACGAAGGGGUAACCCAACCGGCGCGAACCACCUCCAGCACGCGCAACAACAUCUGCAGAAGAACAGGCAGCCCAGCGGCGCGGACCAGAACUCGUACCUCAACCACAUUGGCGCGAAUUCCAUGUCUUACGCAGAUGCUGGUGGCUACACCAUGGGCUUGCCUCAGAUGCCGGCGAUGGGCGGCAAUGGCUUCAACGACAGCCUACCUUCGCUUGCCAACCAUCACCAGUCCAUGUCGGCGCGCACAUCUCGCUCUAACAGCUUGAUGCGCCCCAGCAGUGGAGUAGAGGACAGCGCGCAUCGUAGGAGCAUGUCGGCCAUGGACUUCGCGAACAACAGGAUGAACUUCAACGACUACCGGCCCGACGGUCUCGCCAAUGGCUACGCGCAACAGCAGCAGCAACAGCAGACUCAGCCUGCAGCCAACGGAUCCGACCCCAACUCCCAUUACAACAACUAUGACCACGCCUCCACCAACGGUUCGAUGGCACAGAAUGGCAUGACCGUUAAGAGUGAGGCCGCGGACCCAGCUUCGUACGGAGGAGCAUCGACCCUGCCCAACGUGGACGGCAUGACCAACGGCCAGGAUGGCUCACUUUGGCGAAACGGAUCGUUCAACGGCGAUAUGAAUAAUUCCAGUACGGCAGAUGAUACACCACAUGAUACUUUGUUUGGACUAUACUCGCAUGUUCCCAGUUUGGCCGACUCUUCCCCGAUGCUUGACAACUGGUUUAUUGGCCAAUCCACGUCUGAUCCUCUGCACAACCUGGCACAAUCGCUUUUCAACUUUUGCUUUCCGAAUGCGUCUUUACUUUCAAAUCAACAAUCAGACGAGGCGUACGCUCACGAAAGGCUGAAGACUAUCUUGACUGGAGACAACGUAAAGGAUUUCCUACACCAAUACAGACACUAUCAAUCACACUGGCCUUUGAUACACGUUGCAACAUUUGAUCCGUUUUCCGCCAACCCUGGGCUUGUUCUGGCGAUGUGCUGUGUUGGCGCCGUGUAUUCUGAUCGAAUGCGCCCUUCGGAUGUCCGAUGGCUGAUGGAUCGUGUGCGAGAGAGCAUGCUGAAAUCUAGUCAUGUUCACGAACUGGCGCAGGCGCACCAGAUGGCUGAUUUGAACCAUCAGCUGACUGCGACUACCGAGGAGAUACAAGCACUAGUCCUCCUUCACUCUCAGUUCCUAUGGCACGGGUCCCAGCAACAACGUCAACAAGUGCGAGAUGAGGUGCGGACAGUGGUCAACAUUACACGUUGUGCGGCACUAUUCCAACCUCUUCCUCAGGACAAUCCGAAUGCGAGCGCGUUGCACCAAUCUGGACCAAUAACAGGUGCAGAGGUGGACUUGUGGAACUGGAACUCUUGGAUUGAGAAUGAAAAGCGAACUCGAUUGGCGGCAUACAUUUAUCUUAUCGAUGCUUCUUCCACCAUAUUCUUCAACACACAGCCCAGGUUCGACGCCAAGAGCAUCACAGUCCCUCUGCCGGCCGAUGAUGCAGCCUGGGAAGCGAAGACUUCUGAAGAAUGCGCCAGUGCUCUGGGUCUGAGAGGAUCGUCAGCGCAGAUGAGCAACGAAUCGGGAAGCAGACGCGCAAAACAACUAGCCUUGUGCGAGGCGUUGUGUGUACUCAACGGAGCCUGUCCAGGAAAAUUUCCUGAGCGGGCUACUAAUGUCUUUGGAAAAUUCAUUCUCAUUCACGCGAUUCAUGCGCAAAUCUACAACAUCCAGCAUCAGCUGCUUCAGCGAGUGUCUUCAAGCGGUACAAGCACACCCCGAUCGCAAGGCGAUAGUCCUGCCACACCACCAAAUGGCGUCAAUGAGCAAAUCCAAAAUAAGCUCCGUUCGACGGUCGGCGCGCUUUCGCUAUGGAAGGCUUGCUGGGACAAGGACCUUGCUAUCCAGUUCACACAGAACCAGCGUCGACGUGGAUUCUGCCGAGACGGCAUCCACUUUUACUUCCUAGCUCAAGCGUUCUUGCGGCAGUCUCGACCAGACGACUGGGCCGCUCCUGCGGAUGUUCGGUGCCGGCAUGUGUUCAAUCUCCUGAAACAGAUCAGACAUUACGUUGCAUCAGACUCCGCCCAGAAAGGCAUCGAGAUCGGCUCCAUGGUUGCUAUCGCUGACGACUACGCCAUCGCCGACUUGACGCUAAACAUGAAACGUCUUUUCACGCCUCUCGACGAAAUCUGA